CACUUGUUUACAACCUGAAAGUUUUACUACAAACUAUGAAAAUCCGUUUCACUUUAAUUGCGAGCGGAAAGGACGUUCAAAGAGUCCACAAUGGUUGAUAGCGUCUAUCGAACCCGUUCUCUUGGAAUCGGAGUGUCGGGUAUUCCCGAUCAAUACGCCGAUGGGAAGGCAGCAAGAGUUUGGCAACACUAUAUUGGCGGACACAAGAAGAGAACCGAGUCAUACAGGGAGUUCUUCUGUAAUCUUUUGAACGAAAACGGGAUCAGACACAUCUUGGAUGUCGCUUGUGGCACGGGGUGAGAAAAUUGUUGGUGUAUAAAGUAGGUAAAGCGAACUUUUAGGACUUAAAACACGUUGAUGAGGAUCUGAAAUGGAAAACUCGUGUUGCUCAUAACAGCUUAAGUUUUGUUGUUUUCUCUCUACGUCUUUAAGUGUAUUAGCAUACGAAGGUAGUAACUUAUGAUCUCCAAUCGAUUUUUACUCAACAAAAAAGAAUAAACAUUAGGCUAGAAAGACAGGAUACCUUCUUUGGUUGUUUCGAUUUUUUCGUGACAAAAACCUUCGAUUCGUGGCAUCUUUGAAAGAUAUGAACACACCAACAUUGUUUUCAAGCCGGUUACACCAGGGUAACGUCAGGUUGUAUUCAGGUUUUUUCGAGCGACGAUGGCACGUGAAGGAAGUGAGGAAGCCGCUGUACUGUUUACGUUUCUUGUUUUUAGAAUUAAGUGUGACGAGGUUUUUUGUUCUUGCCAAGGCUAAGCAGCGAUAGGAAACAACAAAACUGUCAAUUGUUUUAACGUCAAUGUUGGUAAUCUAUUCUAAAAAGUUUUAAAUAAAUAAUAAAAAACAACUCAUCCAUACACUUUUCACACUUCAUUUAAAACAGAAGCGGCUGAUCACGCUUCAGCAUGUUCAGCUUUGAUGAGGUAGAAAAAACCUUCAGUGAGGUCUUGUUAUGGAAAAAAAAUGCUGGCAAGCAACAUGGCCUUUAAUAAAACAUCAUCAUUUCAAAUUUUAAAAUGGCAGGUAAAAUAGUGACAAACAAUAAAAUUAAGACUCAGUGACAGAGAAAAGAUAUCUACAAACACAUAGUAACAUACAUAUAUGGCUAUUUCGAGAAAGGUUGUCGCAAAAGCUGUGCACGCGACAAUCCCGAAAGGUAAUAUGGGAUAUGAUCAAUACACUUGUUCUUGACACUAAAGCUGUUGAACCUACUUUUGUUGCUUUCCUUUAGCCCUCGAAAACAUACGUCCAUGGCCUCUCAUGCAAUUCUUUGAAAUUUCUUUGAAAAACAGUGAACAAAAAACCAGCCACAAUACCUUUCGAGAUUGUCGCGUGCACUUUUUUCGACAUCCUUUCUCGAAACAGCUGUAUAUGGGACAUGGAGACUUGCCCAGUGUUCCCACACCUCCUUCGGCUUCUCCUACCCCACCACUACAGGGGCCUCUUGAAAGCCUGCAUCCUUGGUCUGUGGGGAUGAAAGGAUGAGAGCUCAAACAAUGAAGCCAUGUUUGACUUUUUUUGUGAAAGGUGUGAAAAUAGAUUUCUGUAUCUAAUAUUUCAUUCACAUUGUCUUCUCGGUGUUAAAGCAAGUUCUGUCAUUUCUACUAGUUUCUCUGAAAUCUGUUACUUUUAUUGACUGCAGUUUACAACAAUGUUAUUAUUAUUUGUGAAUUUUCGUUUGCAAUAUAAUAGGGUGGGGGAGUAAGUGAUCUUUGCUCCUUGUAGCAUAUGUUUCUUAAAUUUCCUCUGGUGUUGAUGUUUAUUUACAGAUAGCUACCUGACAAAUAUGAGUUCCUAGAUUUGAAAAUCUAACGGAACUGCAGGAUGUUUCCAGUUUCUCAAAUAAGGUUGACCUUCCUUCUCCUUUCAAGUCUUGGAGCUUGAUAAAAAAGGAAGGAUACCUACUACCCUGCAGGUAACUUUUGAUAAUGAAUAACAUACUGUCUAGUAGAAGUGAGUUGGACAAUACAAUAACAGAGGUUUAAUAUUCAAGUGGAAAGAUAUCAGAUGUGGAAAGCUACGGUGCUGCCUCUACAGAAAUAUCCUGCGAGCAGUGAUUUCUCCAGGCCUGACGCUACAGGAGAGAAACUCUCCCGUAGUGUCUGGCCUGGAGAAACCAUUGUUCGCAGGGUAGUACAGAAAUCAAAAAAAGAAUGUUGGUUUGUCUGGAUAUCAAAUUACAACACCAAUUUAAGUGAUAGUAAACAAAUGAAGUAAAGAAGCAUGAAAUUUUCAAACCUCUAUUGGAUUUUCCUUCCAUCAAUAAUACUUUAUUAAUCUUGGUAUCAAAGUGUAGACUGAUACAUUCUCCUAUCUUUGAUUCAUAAUGAUUAUAGGUUAAAGAUUGUAGUAGUUAGGGAGAAACUUCUUAACACAACAAUUUCAACUGUAGUUAUGAUUGUUAUGUUUGUUAUGAUUGAUAGUGACCAUAUGUUGCUGAGGUCCAGGUGGUAAAUGUUAGCCAAAGCACAGAACAGCAGUCCAAAUCCUUAAUAAUUUUUGAUAAUAUCAUUGUUUAGUGAUCAUAACUCACCGAAACAUUUGAAACAGAUCAGACUGGAUUCUGGCUAUUACCAUACAACAACAACACUCUAAUUUUUUCUCUUAAUUUUUUUUUUUGGAGUCAUUAAGACUACACUCCUGGUAGUUUCUGCUGAUACAUGACACCAUAUGAUAUUUUGGUCAGGUGCAUUUUACAGAACAUUAACUUUUUGACCCUCACUCUCUUGUUUUGCUUAAGGGUUGAUUCCAUAAUGCUGCUUGAAAACAACUUUAAGGUGACAAGCACAGAUGCCAGUGAUAAAAUGUUAAAACAGGCAUGGAAGAUUCGUUGGCAGCGUCGGAAAGAGGAAGCUUUUGAUAACUGGGGUAAGUUCUCAUCAGUAUUAUGAUGAUUGGUGCCAUGAUUCUGUUCAUGUUAUAGAGGAACCAUUCUCCAAUUAACACUUCAGAUCAUGAACAACAUCAUUAACCGUUUCUGUAAUAAUACAUCAUGUCAGCAGUGGUAGUUGUGGAGUAUUAUAAGAGGUUUUGAACAUUUAAAUUUUAUGUGAAUGCCUUUGGAUUUUUCCAGAUCAAGGCCUUUUUUAUGGUUCUCCUAAAAAAUCCUUAAUUUCCGAGUGAUAAAAAAUCUUGUGUUCGAGAUAGAGAAGCUGCGUAAUCAAAUGGAUACGUUAUUUAUAUAAGUUGUGAGGACACUUGUGGCUACUAACUUGUAACUUUUCUUCCAGAAAUUGAAGAGGGUAACUGGCUGUCCUUGCAAGAAACUCAGAUUACAGUACCUGAAGGAGGAUUUGAUGCCGUUAUCUGCCUUGGCAAUUCAUUUGCCCACUUGCCAGACUUUCCAGGAGAUCUUAGUAAUCAGAAACUGGCGAUUGAGAACUUCAAAGAUAUGUUGAAACCAGGCGGAGUGCUCUUUAUUGAUCACCGGAAUUAUGAUGCCAUUCUUGAUACUGGCAAAGCCCCCUCAAAGAAUUUAUACUACAAUGUGAGUUUGUAUAUUUGAAUGUGCUUGCAGGGAUAAAUAUGGCAAUUUCAGUACAAGAGGGUAAGGGGAGGCCUCAAAGCCAGGUAUGGGUAUAGAGGGAGUGUUUAGGGAUGCUGUGAUAAUAUAAUUAUUGUGAUAUUAAUUCUCCUUUCUUGGUCAUUUGUCUCAGAGAUAAAAUUGAGUUGUAAUGAAAUUGAGUCCUGUGGACUGCAAGUCCAUCACUCCAACUGCACAGUUGGCCAAGCCAUUACGAGUGAACUGUACGUCAUCACGAGUGGGUUCUAUAAUACAGAGAAUAAUAAUCAUCUUUUUGUGUGAUUGUAGAGUGACUGCAUUGAAGGCAUCAAGACCUCUGUACUGUAUGUGGACGGUAGAGAAAGUAUGAUAACUCUGGACUACACCGUUGACCCCUCCAAAGCAUCAGAAGAUUUUAUGGAAGAGGGAGAAGAACCAAAAGCAAAGAAAAGGAAGUCAACUGAUGGAGAAGUCAGGUAAAAUAAAUUAUCUAUAGAUGCCCACAGGUUGGUUUGGAAGGUGGAAGGUUGUAAUCAGUAACAACUGAAUCUUUUUGGUUUUCCUCCUUGUGCUGAAUAUCAUAAUUUAAAAUAAAAUAGAUGUAUCUUAGGUAUUAUUAUUUAUUAUUGACAGAUGUUAUAAUCAUUUGCAGCAAAUUCCGUCUGUCAUACUGUCCACUUCGCCUGAAAACCUUCCGCAGCCUUCUCAAGGGCAUAUUUGGUGAGGAAGUAAGGCAUGAAGUUUUUGGUGACUUUGAACCACUUGGAAAAGUUGAGCUUCCUGCAUACUAUGUGCACAUGAUCUGGAAAGCAACCAGUGAGAAUGGUGUGGCAGCAACUUGAUUAGUACAAGCAGUGGAAAAAUUACCCUUCUCCUACUUAUAAGUGUUCAGGAAAUAGAUAAGAAACAUUCAUGAUUAUUAUGAUCACUGUACGUUAAAAAAUAAUAGUUAUGAUAACUAAAAUAGUGCACAGAGGUCCUGCCUUGCAUUUAUUUCCCAAGUAAGGUUAGCCUGUGUAGCUUGCAGUUGUCUUGCAGAGUUGUCAAAAGAAGCUGGCUGCCAGCGAAAAUCGCUGCCUACCUAGUUAGGUAUCGGCCAUGUACUCUGCUUGGCAUUUCUUUAUGGAUGGUGUUUCUUAAAUAAAAUAUUCCUGGACUGGCCACUGACUUUGACAACUCAGCUGUCUACUUCGAAACUUUCUGACAACCCUGAAAUGAGCACAAAGUCGCCUCGCUCUCCACGGCCCCUCCUGUUAUAUCCCAUACUUUGCGCAUUCGCAGUGUGUUCGAUGUUUACCAUGUGCUCGGUCGGACAUGCUUCUGAUGCUUGUUGUUAAAAUUGGCCUUUUAAAUACGUGAAACAUUACACCUCCCCAAGAUAUUCACCAGCUAUGAAAGCUAAACUGAUGCAUGUUAGCCAUGAAAUUUUAGAGAAAUAAAAAUUAUAAUGUAACCUAGUAUAACGAUAUAAUAUGGCAAUGUGAAAAAUUCUUAAAUAACUUUGGACCAAAGUUUUGGACAACUUCUUUGCUCAUGGGUGUCAGUUUUGUAAAAAGUGCCUCAGUAGCAAGAGGCAAUCUUAAUUUUUACUUCAUUAUUUUGAAUGUAAAACUUAUCAACAAUAAAAAAACACAUGCAACAGAUACUAUAGCAGGUUGUGAUUGUUGUACGAUUUUGUAACAUUGAAUCUGAGUGAGAUAAAAAUCUCUUUUCUUUCAUGGUUUUAGUUUUGCUUUCAAUUUCUUAA